AUGAAGAGCUUCACUCAGCUUCUGCCGCUUCUCGCCUCGCUGACUGUGGCCUCGCCUGUUGACUUGUCCAAGUCAGGGCUACACAAGCUAUUCGUUCGCCAGGAUGUCCAAACAGCCAUCAAUGCGUCGCUGCCAAAUGUCACAAUCUUUGCGACUGGAGGCACAAUAGCCUCACAAGGCUCUACCAACACACAGACUACAGGCUAUUCAAUUGGCCUUGGCGUUCAACAACUCGUCGAUGCAGUACCUGAGCUCCUCAACAUCUCGAAUAUUGCUGGCUACCAAGUUUCAAAUGUCGACUCCGGCAGCGUUAACGAGACCAUCAGUCUCAAAUUGGCACAAAUGAUCAAUGAAGAAUUGGCGAAACCCGAGAUUGCAGGCGUUGUCAUCACACAUGGAACUGAUACCCUCGAGGAGACAGCAUUCUUCCUCGAGUCAACCGUCAAUUCCACCAAGCCAGUCAUCUGCGUUGGCGCUAUGAGGCCCGCAACCGCACUCUCUGCAGACGGACCCCUCAACCUCUACCAAGCCGUCGUGCUCGCCGGCUCACCCGCCGGCCGCGACCGCGGCACUAUGAUCGUGCUGAACGACCGCAUUGGCUCCGCCUUUUACACCACCAAGAACAACGCCAACACCCUCGACACCUUCUCCAGCACCGAAGCCGGUCAGCUGGGCGUCUUCGUUAACCAGGUCCCUUACUUCUUCUACGCCGCCUCCGAGCCCGUCGGCCGCGUUGUUUUCGACGUUUCCAACGUAACGGACCUCGCUCAGGUCCCUAUCCUGUACGCCCACCAGGACAUGGAUACCGCGCUGUUCAACGCGUCCGUUGCUAGCGGCGCCCAAGGCAUUGUGUACGCUGGUGUUGGCGCGGGCGGCAUGUCCCGGAAGGCCAACCUCGCCGCUGAGGAGCUGUACAACGCAACCCACAUCCCAAUUGUCGCGUCGCACAGGAGCGCAGACGGUCUGGUGCCGCCGGCCGGUGAGGGCGACUUCAUCAUUUCCAGCGGCUUCUACAACCCGCAGAAGUCGCGCAUCUUGCUGCAGCUAGGACUCACGCUUGGAUGGAGCAAUGAGGAGAUCGCAGCUGCAUUCGCGAAGACGUCGGCAGGCGCGCCUGCACCCUCCAGCCGAGUCUACACCGAGAACGUCCCGCAGACGUCUAUCUCGCGCGCUGCGUUCACGCACGCAGCGUCUCUCCUAGCACCGUCGAUUCUCAGCCAUAGCAUGCGCGUCUAUCUGUACGCGAAAGCACUCGCUGAGCAUUCUGCGUCUGUCUAUGCGACCGAGGCAGUUAAGCGCGAUCUACUCUUCACAGCGUGCCUGUUCCACGACAUUGGGACGACCGACAAGUAUGACGGGGCGCAGCGCUUCGAGAUUGAAGGUGGUGAUGCAGCAGUGGGUUUCCUGGCGCAAUUCGAUGUGGGCGAGGUAGAGAAACAUGAUGUCUGGACGGCGAUUGCGUGCCACACAAGUCCCCAGAUUGCGGAGCGGAUUGGCGAGUUGUCGAGGCUUGUUCGGCUUGCUGUAAUUACGGACUUUGGGCGCAAGAGUGCUGUCUGGGAUGACCUAGUGUCGCUUAGGGAGGGCCUUGAGAGUGAAUUUGGGAGAGCGGGGAUUGAGAAGGUUCUUGGGGAUGUGGUGGUUGAGCAGGCGAAGAGACGGCCAGAGAAGGCACCCAUGGUUUCAUGGCCGGGGGUUAUGUAUAGAGCUCAUGUUGCGGAGCCGGAGUGGAGUGGAGUGAAUAAGAUGUUCUGA